UGACGUCACUACCCAGAAUGCACUGGGACGAAAAAACAAUGGCGGCCUAUGUUGAAUUACGUUUUGUAAUAUAUAAAUCUGGAAGUGAUUAUCGAAAGUUGUAUCUUAUGGUUAUGUUACGCAAGCUGGAAGAGAUCAUAUAUACCAAACGUAAUUGAAAACGGAGUUCCCUUUAACAAAAUCUAAGAAGAAGAAACAUAGCAACAACCAGCAAACACACUAAAAGAGGGAAUGAUGGUGGUUUUGGGGCAAAUUCUUAUUUUAUUAUUCGAUUAGGCGGCACGGUGGGUGAAUGGUUAGUACAGUUGCCUCAUGGUUCUGAGCACCGGCGUUCAAAUCCGGCCUCGCCUGCGUGGGUUUUCACCGGGUACUCCGAUUUCCUCCCACAUUCCAAAAACAUGCACGGCAGGUUGAUUGAAGACUCUAAAUUGUUCCUAGAUGUGAAUGUGAGUGUGAACGGUUGUUUGUUUCUAUGUGCCCUGCGAUUGGCUGGCAACCAGUUUAGGGUGUUCUCCGCCGCUAGCCCAAAGAUAGCUGGGAUAGGCUCCAGCACGCCCGUGACCCUAGUGGGGAUAAGAAGUACAGAAAAUGGGUGGAUGGAUUAUUCUAUUAUCCGAGUAACUUCGUGUUUUGGAACACUACAUCAGAUAUUUCAGCUUAUGAGGAACUCAUAGUACCCCACACUUCUACAGGUCAGACUGAAGAAGAACACAUGAAGCAACUGGGGGUUCAUUAUCUUGGUCAAGAAUACCCGGACAUGCUCACAGGGACAGAGGAUAAAACCCAAAACCUUUGGGUUAAGAGACGGCCACUCUACCACCUGAGCCAUGCUGCCUACAGGGAACAGAUAAACUUCUGGGACGUGUGAAAAAAGAGGGCACCAUUUUGUCAACCAAUGUGCUGCUCAAGAUAGAAAAUACUCAGCUGCCCUGGGGCAAUCUGACAAAAGCAUUGGCCGCCAUUGUGCACCUAGAACUCCUCCAAACUUCACCACCAAACAUCCAAUCACACUCAUUCAUGUGGGUUACAUGUCUUGCCCAAGGACACAACGACGACAUGCACUGGGGCGGGGAUCCCAACCGGUGAGCCUCUGGUUGCAGGGCGUAUUCUUAUCCUCUGCGUCACGCUGCCCACAGCAGCUAGCCACUUACAAGAUAAUUGGUUGUAGGACAUUGUGCCAAAAUGACGUUCAAAGACUGAAGAGCCCGGCUUUCCAAAAUCGAGUUUUGGGAGAACAAAAAUGUCAGAUGUCCUUUGUUUCUUUCAGGAAAUCAGUUUUGUGCAAAGCUACCUAGCUAGCCUGAUCAAGAAAUGACGUUGUUAAUUCUCUAUUUUUCUAGAACACACCCUCAGAUAUUUCAGCUAGUGAGGUACUUGUAGUACCAAACACAUCUACAGUGCAGACUGCAGGAAAACAUAUGGUCUCAACAUCAGCGCAAACAGACUCUCCACGGGACAAGCCAAUAUUUUGCCUUGAUUGUCUCAAACCUGUUGUUGCCGUUAGAAUGAUUGAAAAAUUGCACAAUUAUGCCAAGCCAGCUCCAGUAAGAGGCCGGCGUCGCAAGGUUCCUGUACAACAAGUUGCUGACUCACAGAUAAUUUCUACUCCUGUGAAAGCAGACGUCAGUGAAAAAUAUCUUCGUCCUUGGCAGCAGGAGACAGAGUCACCGCACGUUAAACCGGUGGAAGAAGAGCCCCCUCUCAUUAAAGAGGAAGAGGAGGAGCCCUGUCAAAUAAAAAAGGAGAUUGAAGAUGAAGACAAGGGUCAAAGUGAGGAAAACAGGGGAACAGAGUCUCCGAGGAGCAGCUCAAGUCAACACAUGACAACAGAAGGUGAUGGAGACCACUGUGGAGGUUCACAGGCAGAUAGUGACAACACGUCGUCACACUCGCCGAACACUGAUGAUGAUGAUGAGGAGGAGGAUUAUAAUGAUGAUGAUGAUUAUGAUUAUGAAGAAGAUGAUGAUGAUGAUGAUGACGGCGAUGAGGAUGAUGAACACUCUGAAGAUGAUAUGCCACGUGACAGCAAAGUAUGGAAAUGUUCUCGGUGUGGGAAAAAAUUUCAUUUAAAGCACAGUUUGAACAGUCACAUGAGAAGACACACUGGAGAGAAACCUUUUGUCUGCUCAGUUUGUGGCAAAAGCUUCUUUGACAAGUCAAAUUUAACAAGUCACACAAGAACACACACUGGAGAAAAACCUUUUGUCUGUUCAUUGUGUGGCAAAAGCUUCUCUGCAAAGGCAAGUUUAACAAGUCACACAAGAACACACACUGGAGAGAAGCCUUUUGUCUGCUCAGUUUGUGGCGAACGCUUCUCUGAAAAGGAACGUUUAACAAAACACACAAGAACACACACCGGAGAGAAACCUUUUGCCUGCUCACUUUGUGGUCAAAGAUUCUCUCGUAAGGCACAUAUACAAAGACACAAAAGAACACACAGUGGAGAAAAACCUUUUGCUUGUCAUGUUUGUGGCAAAAGAUUCAGUCAGAAGGGAAACUUAAAAAUACACACAAGAACACACACUGGAGAGAAACCUUUUACCUGCCCAGUUUGUGGUGAAAGCUUCUCUGUAAAGUCAAGUUUAACAUCUCACACAAGAACGCACACUAAAGAGAAACCAUUUGUCUGCUCCAUUUGUGGUCAAAUAUUCUCCCAAAAACGACAAUUAGGAAAGCACAAAAACACACACAUUGGAAAAACCAUUCAGUCUCAGCGUGUGUGCUAAAAGUGUAAUGGUUUUGUUCGGAGACACAAGUGUGCUGGAGAGAAUAGUGAUGGUUGCAGCUUUAAAAAAAACAAAACUCAAGAAACUGACUCUGUGGGAAUUUGCAAAUGAUUUUGGAUAAAAUAUGACAUUUAUGACAAUGAUGUAAAAGAAGCUAACCCAAUGAUUUUAUCGGUGACAGAACAACCAUUGUGUUGUGUACUUAACCUUUGUUAUUUCAAACAUGCAAAUCAAAUAAGAUGCACAUUUGAAAAGUAGUGAGAAGAAGCUGUGAUUAUUAAAUCCCACCCCCUUUUCCACAAUUUCAAAUAAAAUCACUUGU